AGGGUCUGGAGUUGAGGCGUGUGUAUAAUGAGGAAGAAGUGGUACGGAUGUGUGCUAGUUGCUUUUGCAACUAUCUGUAUCACUUUUCUGGCAAGAGUUCAUCUGCGCAUUUCACCUUUUGAGACUGAAGAUUCAGCAUCUAAUGAGCCCCAAAGCAGAGUUUUCUUAUCUGCAGCAAAGGUAAUAAGUUCAACGGCAAGUAUCCGCAGUCCGCAAAGUGCACCGAACUUCACCAUCAAGCACGAAAGCAGAAUUCUUCAGGAAACAAAUUCAGCAACAAGUCGCCCAAAAAGUCACCAGGCCAAAGACGAAAGCAAGGCAACAAAUCCUACGACAAGUCGCCCAAAAAGUACGCUGACCAAAGACGAAAGCAAGGCUGCAACAAGUCGCACAAAAAGUACGCUGACCAAAGACGAAAGCAAGGCAACAAAUCCUGCAACAAGUCGCCCAAAAAGUACGCUGACCAAGGGCAAAAGCAGGGCAACAAAUUCAGCAACAAGUCUUCUCAGAAGAAGUCCCGCCACCAGUACUACUAAGAAUACCAGUCUCCAACAUAAUGUUACCAAACAUUCAGGAAGUAUAAAGGCUCCUCAGAAUUGUGAGCAGAAGAACUGCCUAGAAAACUUACCUGAGAGCGAUAAGCAUGCACUGAAAUCAUGUGAAAAUCGAACCAGGAAGGGUUACAACGGGUCGAUAAGCGAGAGUGACUGCAAGUUCCUGUCCAACAACAAACGUCGUGCUGUUGCAUUGGCCAGUGCACCUGGUGCUGGAAAUACGUGGACCAGAGGUCUACUUGAGAAGGCUUCAGGCAUUUGCACGGGGUACCUAUACUGUGACACAGCCAUGAGAGCUCAUGGGUACGUUGGAGAGAACGUCAAGACCGGGAGAGUGCUGGUGGUUAAGACACAUUCAAUUGUACCCCGUUGGGGUGGAGAUAAAAAUUUCUACUUCCUAUCAUCAGAAGCCCCCUAUUCAGCGGCUGUGUUUAUUCUUCGCAACCCUGUCGAAUCUGCAGUAGCAGAGUGGAAUAGGUACUCAUCAAUGAUGUUUGGAAAAGAGAAUUCAUCAAUAGCCAAACAUGUGCACACGUACACUCUUCCUAAAGAGUCCUUUGAUGAAGAGAAAUGGGAUACGUUCUUACGUGGGUACAUGAGGCACUGGAGCAGUCGCCUGCUACAGUGGAUAAUCUACCAGGACAAGCACCCGAUUCACAUCUUGCGAUAUGAAGAUCUCAAGCAGGACACUGUAGGGGAAAUUGAAAAGACCCUUGAUUUUCUGGACGUUUCGUAUGAUCCAGAGACAGUGAGAAAACAACUAAAUUUGGACUACGCUGACUUCAAGCGAACGCAUCAUAGAAAUCAUUACAACUAUUAUUCUGUGGAGCAGAAAGAGUUUGUUAAUUUUUUCCAGACGCUGAACCUGUGGCUGGAGGAGCCUCGUCUCCACGACGCCUCACUCUACCUCCCCGGUCUUCCCCAGCAAUACAACUCCCAGCACCUGGCAGCCAUAUUUUCCCCUCCAGAGAUACCCCUGACACCUCUUGGGGCAUCCAGUAGGAGAGACUACACAGAGACAGAGAAAGCAAAGGUAAUAAGUUCAACGGCAAGUAUCCACAGUCCGCAAAGUGCACCGAACUUCACCAUCAAGCACGAAAGCAGAAUUCUCCAGGAAACAAAUUCAGCAACAAGUCGCCCAAAAAGUCACCAGACCAAAGACGAAAGCAAGGCAACAAAUCCUGCAACAAGUCGCCCAAAAAGUACGCUGACCAAGGGCAAAAGCAGGGCAACAAAUUCAGCAACAAGUCUUCUCCGAAGAAGUCCCGCCACCAGUACUACUAAGAAUACCAGUCUCCAACAUAGUGUUACCAAACAUUCAGGAAGUAUAAAGGCUCCUCAGAAUUGUGAGCAGAAGAACUGUCUAGAAAACUUAUCUGAGAGCGAUAAGCGUGCACUGAAAUCAUGUGAAAAUCGAACCAGGAAGGGUUACAACGGGUCGAUAAGCGAGAGUGACUGCAAGUUCCUACCCAACAACAGAAGUCGUGCUGUAGCAUUGGCCAGUGCACCUGGCGCUGGAAAUACGUGGACCAGAGGUCUACUUGAGAAGGCCUCAGGCAUUUGCACGGGGUACCUAUACUGUGACACAGCCAUGAGAGCUCAUGGGUACGUUGGAGAGAACGUCAAGACCGGGAGAGUGCUGGUGGUUAAGACACACUCAAUUGUACCCCGUUGGGGUGGGGAUAAAAAUUUCUACUUCCUAUCAUCAGAAGCCACCUAUUCAGCGGCUGUGUUUAUUCUUCGCAACCCUGUCGAAUCUGCAGUAGCAGAGUGGAAUAGGUAUUCAUCAAUGAUGUUUGGAAAAGAGAAUUCAUCAAUAGCCAAACAUGUGCACACAUACACUCUUCCUAAAGAGUCCUUUGAUGAAGAGAAAUGGGAUAUGUUCUUACGUGGGUACAUGAGGCACUGGAGCAGUCGCCUGCUACAGUGGAUAAUCUACCAGGACAAACACCCGAUUCACAUCUUGCGAUAUGAAGAUCUCAAGCAGGACACUGUAGGGGAAAUUAAAAAGACCCUUGAUUUUCUGGACGUUUCGUAUGAUCCAGAGACAGUGAGAAAGAAACUAAAUUUGGACUACACUGACUUCAAGCGACCGCAUGAUAGAAAUCAUUACAACUAUUAUUCUGUGGAGCAGAAAGAGUUUGUUAAGUCAGUGCUUCUGGAUGUAAAUGUUGCUGCAAGGAGAGCAAAAAAGGCACAUCUUCUCCGACUUGAUGAAUAUAUACCAGCAUUCUAGUUCCGCCAAUCUCAAACAAGGAUUGUGUUGGAUGAACAGAUUGGUGUAAUCUGGCUUACUGUAUAGUGUAAUCCUAUCUAUAUACUAAUAAUGUAAUUGUCU